ACUCGACUGAGUGCAGCGAGCCUCUCAAGUCCUCCGAGACUUGCUCGGUGCCCCUCACAGCAACGCGACACUCUCAUACUGGAAGUGUUCGGUCAACUUAAAAGAGUGUACGUGUACCAGGCCUAGAGCUGCCACUGCAUGUGAUGUUAAUUUAAAUCUCGCUGCCUGACUUGAAAUGAAUUCCAUGCAGAAACGGAUAAUAGCUCCAAGAAUUAUUGGAUUGGAUGUCUGGAAAAAUGAUCAAUUCUUCCAAUACUGUUACAGUUAGGCCUGAAAUAAGUGAUGAAGUAACUUCAAAUGAAUUAGUUAAACUAGAAGCUACUCAUCAUGCCACAGAUGAGUCUCAAGAAAAUGAGAAUGUUCUUCCAAAAUCUGAAAGUGUUGAGUCGGAGCGCCGUGGAGUUAAGAGACCCAUCGAUGUUGAUGACUAUGUGGAUGAUGACGAUGAGUGCAGCUUUGACAGUGAACAAUUUAAAGAUGAUUUAGAUGAAGAUAGUAGUGAAGAUAAAGUUUGGGAAACGUUCCAGGGUUUGGGAAAGCAGAGAGGAGGCCGACUGAGCCGUACCUAUGGACUUCGGCCUCGCACCGGAAUCCGGCGUGCUUGGGUUGACGGAGAGACUCCCCCAGUCCGCGGGGCCUCCCGCCGGGGGAGAGGCCGGUCAAACGCUCUCAAGUCUAAGUACAGGAGAAACACAGCCAAUGCUCGAGAACGAGAUCGAAUGAAGGAAAUAAAUGUGGCUUUUGCCAAUCUAAGAGGCGCCUUGCCUUCAUUUACAUGCAGACGGAUCACGUCCAUGACAAAGAUCAAAACUUUAAAGUUAGCUGCUUCCUACAUCCGAGCCUUAAGUGACUUAUUGAGUGACUCACCAUCAGAAGAAUCGAAGACACUAGCAUUGCAGUUGUUCCAGGAUAUUCCAGAGCAAAAUAACUUUGUGAAUUCGAUCCGGCACACGCUUGAUGCCAACGUGGCGUGUGGGUCUCAAUCUUCUAGCGCCUCCUCAAUUAACAACCACACAGUACACACAUCAACAAUGAGCACUAACACUGUUAACCGCCCCUCAUCAGCACUCGAGGCGGCUCUCACUAGCACAGCCAAACGUCCUGCUUAUGCAAUGGGACAAGGACAGCGUUACUAUUCUCAAGGCCACCACUUAGCUUCAAGACCUAAUUUCGUUCCUCCUCCGCCUCUUCAAUUACCUAGCAUGAAUAGUACUCUAAAUCUUCAUCCAUCUCCUACUCAGCAUUCCCCGUGCGCUUCUGCAUAUCCUGUUUCUCCAGUAGUUUCCAUAAAUUCUUUGGAUUGUUCUCUCCAACAUAAUUACUCAAAUCCAUCACCAACCAUUAUUACCGCGAAUGUAAACGUAAUUCAAUUAUGUCAAGAAACUUCCACAUCUGAACGGAUCACUAUGCUCACGCCCAACACCUCUCCCGCAUCCUCUCAAACGUUCAUCCCUCAGUCCCCAUACUCCCCUUCUCCAUCUGUACAUUCAACUACCUGCUUGCAACCAACUUAUAGUGAGUUUCCAACUAACUCGACUACCCCUUUACCAGACAGCUCAAUUUCCAGGACUUUUUAUAAAUCGAAAACUCCCAUGGCAUCCAUGAGCCCUGAUAUAAGUUCAAACAGUCAAACACCGUCUCCGAGCUUCAGCUUCAAAGAACACAUAAUGUAUAAAUCAAAAAUAUCUGGGUCUCAAAUUUACUCCCAUUCAUCUGCACAUGUACAGCCAAAUCAUCAAUCAUCAGUAUUUUUCGAAAAUUCUUCACCUAUUCCCAAUUCCGCCCCACCCAACUUACAAACAACUCUGCACCAACCUUGUGAAACACAACCUACGGGUUCGACUCAUAAUUUUCUGCGUAAUCUUCCACCCAAGAAUGCACUUUCACCUAUGCCGCAAGCCGUUGAGCCCAACCUAAGCAAAUACUCCGGUUUGAAAGAGACGCAAUUUCAAUCGAGCACGACGACCAAGGCAGGAAACUCUCCGAAGCCAGAAACGUCUUUUGUUCCAGGAGCUCACUCAUUCCAGGGCUCCAAAAUUAAUGCUUCGAGUCAGAGCUUUUCCCAUACACCAAGAGCGUGUCUGGACUCUUCGGCUUCUGGUCUACAGGAAACUCCGGACACCAGUUGCCCGUCUUGGAAUAAUGUUAACGUAGAAUUUAAUUCUUUACUAGACGAACCUGAGUGUGUACCAGAAGAACCUUCCUUGAAUUGGGAUGAGCUUUGUUGGUCAUUAGGAUGAUGUUUUUCGAAAAAUAGGCUCAAAUAUAUCUCCUCUUUUAAAGAGCAUUGUCGGAUGAUUGAGGCAUAAUACGCAUGAUUUAUUGUCGCUCCAUGCGUUUCUAGUCAAGAAUAUUGUGAUUAUAACGUGUUGCUAAACUAUGUUUUGUUGUUUUUUUCCGAGAAUAUAUAACUUUACGGUGUACGCAAUCAUCGUCGGGAUGAUAAGUUUUUCCUUUCGACCGAAUACAAAUCAGUUAUUGAAAAUUAAUUUCAAUUCGAUAUAAAAAUUCUUUGACGAUAAUUCAUUUCAUGCUGCCAUGUUUUAAUUCUUAGCAAUGCUGAGUAUUUUCGCUUCGCUCAUACUGAUCAUGCUGGGCUGCGUAUCAUAACUCUAAAUGAUUGACGGCCCAAGUGUCGUGUUAGUUUUCAAACGCAGUUGUUGUCAACGUUCACUGGCAUUGUGUGUUGGUCUUAAGGCCGAUAUAUUGCGCUGAACAAACAAGUGAGGCCGAGAUUGGCCCACGAAUAUCAGUAUUCAUAGAAAUUUCUUGCAAAUAGCUUAGGUGGUAGCUGGCUCUGCAAUCUGUAAGACAGAGGGCGCUGUACAUCAUGGCUAAGAUCAGUGACACGGACAGAGACAGCUGAAUGACUCUGCCAUCAGUCCUAGCGAGCGUUUCGUUGCAAAACAUUCUCCUGGAGCGUACAAAGCGUAGAUUAAGAACUCGAAUUAAUUUUUGUUUAUUGAUCACUUUAUUAUUUUAUGCGCCUAAUUUUCUGCAAGUUUAUGUUUUAUUCAAGUGCGAUAUGUAAUCACUGAAUUCUGUAGUUAUAUUAAAAAUUUUGUUGCUGGUACAUGUUUCUUGAAGUGUAGUUAUUGCCUCAAAAUAUUUAGGCUUUAUGCUAAUAAUAUUAUUUUAUUUAUUUGUCCAUAUUUCAUGUGUUAUUUUCAGUUAAAUCUGUUAGCUUAGGAAUAUUUGUAGUAUUUUUAUAAUGUACUUGAAUAUGUCCUCGUGAACCUGUGUCAACAAGCAGUCCCUAAAAUUUUCACAAUUCUGUGCAUUGAAUUUUAACUCUGAAUCUCCUCGAAAAUUAAUUUCAUGAUUACAAAAUUUAUUAAUAAAAAUAAUUAAUAUCGUGUCCGAAACACUGCAAGCUCUAGCUAGGAGUGUGGUAAGCAGUGUUCGUGAAAUUGUCGCUACCGCCGGGACAGGCAGAGAGAUUAUCGUGUCGGGGGCCUGAGCGCAUGACAAGCUUGUAAUUAGAUUACGCCGUUACUGCACGAGCGCGUCAAACACGCAUGACCGCCUGUCCAGCUCUGUCUCUCGUAGCUCUACAAUAACAGUGUUAAAGUAGACUUAACGUGUCUAUACUGUCACUAUUGUUAUUUCAAUUGAGCAAGUGAGAAGCCAUUAUGGGUUUGCUGGUUCCUAAUAUUCACAAUUUUUUAGGUCUCAAUUGCAUGUACCGAAAUUUUUUAUCGUGCUGUUCAUUGUUGUACAUUCUACAUUCAAUAAUAAGACAAUAAUUGAAAUAUUGUUAUAUUAAAUUGCAGUCGUAGCUAGCUCUCAAAUUCUUAAAGCACAAAUUGAAAACAGAUACUUCCCACACUUGAUUGCACUGUUAUAUUUAUCUUUACUGGCUCAAAAAUGAGAUUUAUGUUUUCGCAAGCUUAGGUCUUCCACCCAAUAAGUUUCCACUCGUCGCUUUCUAAUAAUGAAAGUUAGAUUCUCCAGCAGAUAUCAACGAAAGGCUUUCUUCCUCAAUUUGAGUUCACGAAGCGUUCACGAAGAAAUGACGGAAUAGAAAAAAACAUUUCCAUGGAAUUUUUUCGUGUGUUUACUGUUAUCCUCGUGGUAUUUUCUCGGUAGACAGGCUCGGUUGACUAAUGUUUAAAAAGAUGCUUCGCCUUAGAAAUGGAUUCUACCGUUUAAAUUCGCUCGUUUAAAUCAAGAGAUUUUGGCGAGAUUUUUGAAUUUUACAAUUUUGUGUACAUUCGCUUGGAUUUACUUCACUCUUUCAUCCGAUGUCUCCAUUACCUCAUUAAUUUUUUCGUGUUUGACUGCAUCAAAACUGAUGACUUAGUCAGCUCCGUUUGCUCAUCGUUACUUGGAGUUUAUUUAAACAAGUCAUGGGAGAAUUUUGUGCCUCCUCAUGAUGAUAAAUCGUAGGACAAUCACCAAUCUGUUUAAUAAAUCUGAAUUGAA